UAGUGCAAUGACAGAAUUUCGAGUUUCCGCGCCGGGAAAAAUCAUUCUCCACGGUGAGCACGCAGUCGUGUACGGUAAAACGGCCGUUGCCGCGAGUGUGGAUAUACGUACGACGUUGGAUUUCAAAGAAUUGCCGGAGGAUUGCGAGUACGCUGUGUUGUCAAUGCCAAAAAUCGGUUUGUACGUGAAUGUCUCGGUUAAACAAAUUCGGGAACGUUUUUACACCGAGGCGUGUUCAAAAUUGUCCGAUGGGCACGAAACUUUUCACAAUUACGUGGCUAAAUUUGUGGAGAAAAUCGGUUACACGAAUUUCCAACAAAAGUUCGCUCUCGAGGGAGUUUUCUACUUGCUAGUGUCGAUAUCACAAUUUGAAUCUAUAGAGCUGAGACCCUUCCAAAUGGUUUUGGAUACCGCUUUGACCAUCGGAGCCGGUCUCGGUAGUUCAGCAUCGUUUUCAGUUUGUCUUGCAACUGCGUUUAUUCACUGGUCGCACAAGCAGAAAAAUCAGACGACCCUCAUGGAUGAACAACAAUUGGAGACUAUAUCGAGAUACGCCCUUAAUGGCGAAAAAAUAAUGCACGGAAAUCCAUCCGGUCUGGAUAACUCCAUUUCGACUUUUGGCUCCGUUAUUGAAUUUCGGCGCGGUGAGCCUCUCAAACAAAUACCCGGUGUUAAAAGUAUGCGCGCGUUGCUCGUUGACACGAGGGUGCAGAGAAGCACGAAGGCUUUGGUAGAAAAAUUUUUCACCCUCAAAGAAAAAUAUCCAAUGAUUUUUUUACCCAUUCUCGAUUCUAUGGAUUACGUCGCCAAAAAAGCUAUCGAGGUUUUGAAAAAUAUUCAAACGACACCGGAUAGCACCGACGAAUCUUUAUACUCAGCUUAUAAGGAAUUGAUGGUAAUGAUCGAAGUGAAUCAUGGAUUAUUGGCGACCUGUCAAGUCUCGCAUCAAUCGUUGGACACUAUUUGUGCGGAGGCUAAAAAUUAUGGUCUCGCGGGUAAACUGACCGGAGCAGGGGGCGGUGGUUACGCUUAUAUUUUGUUGCUGCCGGAUACACCAACCGAAACCAUAACCAGUAUAACGACGAAACUCACUGCCAACGGAUAUCCCGUGACUCUCGUUACUUUGGGAGGUGUAGGUGUUAAAAUACAUGAAACAUGAUUGGAAUGUUGUUGUGGUGAUGGAGAAACGAUUAAAAGUGGUAUUAUUCGUUGAGGAA